GGGUGAGUGGGGAGAGGGUUAAAAACUGAAGGAAUCAUUGCGCAUGCGCUCACGGACGGGAAUCUAAUUGCUGGGCGUAGCUAGCUCGCUUUUUGUGAGAGAGAUGUUUGAUGAGAUGUGGGCUGUCAACAGAGAGCAGGCCUCGGAGAGAGAAAAAAAAUCCACAACGGAGGGUGACUCGAAGCCCCUACUGAAGUACUCAGCUGAUGAUUACAGGGGUCCCCCACGUGGUCUGAGGGUGGGGUUGGCCAAGGUCCAGAAAGCAGGGGAGGUGACCACAAGGGGCUGGGCCAGGAUUGUAAGAAUCGUUCGUCUCAGAGAAGUGUUUGCAGAGUUCCUUGCCACCUUUGCUCUUUUGACCUUUGGGAAUGGAUCCAUAGCCCAAGCUAUUCUAAGCCGAGACCGUGGGGUGGAGUUUAUCGAGAAUGGAACUACAUUCUUUAACCCUCCACUGGGAACUGAGAUGAGCAUCAACGUUGGCUACGGAGUGGGGGUAAUGAUAGGGGCGUACAUUGCAAUUGGAGUGACUGGGGGACACAUGAACCCAGCUGUGACCCUGGCCAUGGCAAUCAGAGGAAAGACACACUGGCUGAAGGUGAUACCCUACUGGGUUGCUCAGUUUCUCGGCGCAUUUUUCUCAUCUGCUGUUGUGUAUGGAACCUACAUCGGUGAGUUGAUUGGAAUUCCUUUGUUUCGUGGAUGAUGCUCGGUUCUUUCUUCAGAUGCUCUGGACUCCUAUACCCCCUGCCCCAAGUACAGCACUCCGUGUACUGCUACCAUAUUCGCCACCUACCCCCAGCCUUACCUCACCCUGGGCAGAGGAGUUCUUGACCAAAUUGUGGGUACUUUUCUACUACUCCUGGGAGUAUUUGCAAUCACUGAUCCCGACAACGCGGGACUGAAGAAGGGAAUCCAGCCGGUGGCGGUUGGCUUCCUCCUCUGGGGAAUCGGGGCCUCGUUUGGGCUCAACUGUGGCUAUGCAAUCAACCCCGCCAGGGACCUUGCCCCUAGGAUCUUCACCUCGUUGGCCGGCUGGGGCAAGGAAGUGUUUGUGUGUGCUGGCUGCAGCAUCAGACAUUGGUGGUGGGUUCCAAUUGUUGCUCCAAUGAUAGGGGCAAUCCUCGCAGCACUCUUCUAUUGGCUCCUGAUUGAUUCUCACCACGGGAAAUCCCGGAAUGAAAACGAGAAUGCCCAAACUGUCAAUAAUACCUAGAGCUAUAUAUACCCUGUGCUAUUUUCUUACUGACAUUGUCCUGUGUCAUGUGUCAUGACUAUGACAAGACUGUGACUUGAGCAUAGUAAAAAAUAGUAUGUGUAGCUAGCUUUCUCCCUAUUAUUGUAAAAGCUGACUCUACUAUAAUAUAUUAAAUUUGAGUGAGC